AUGGGGCUCGAUAACCCGUGGCGACGAGUCAGCUUUUCUGUUUCCGCUGUUGCAAACCUGGUGACCGCGCGGCGGUAUGCCACACGCCUUCGCCUGUGCCCGCUGUCACAGAGUCUAUCACCACUGAUGACUCGGCCGCACGGCCAAAGAAGUGGAAAAAAAGUAGGCGCGAAGCGUCAUACUGGGCGAAGACGGAGGAACGUGGCCCAGGUGGCGACACGUUCCACUAGCCUCAAUACGCUUCACGAGCAGCUCUACGCCAUCACGUCCAGCAGCGACAAUCGACUGAUCGUGCUCAGCGAGCACGUCGACGGUGCGACGCGCCCGCUUCGACCGCUGCUGGACUCGGGCGCGACGAAUAACUUCGUUCGCGUAGAAUGUUUGAAGAUACCUUCCUCGCGGAUGCGUGUCUGCGAGUCUUCAGGAAUGGUGAUCGUUAAGUAUGUCAAUGGUAAGCCGAGGACACACCGACAGCGGUCGGUUGUCUUCCCCUACCAAUUUGAAGGCUUUGCAAGCUGUGUUGAGUUAUACGUCACUGACCUCAGCGGGUCGUUUGACUGCAUUUUUGGGAUGCCGUGGCUCGCACGGCAUCGUCUGGACAUCGAUUGGCUUAAAUGCACUGUUAAAUUCCGUGAUAUCGAAGUCAACGCUGUGCUCGCUGUGCUUACUGAUCCCACGAGCACCUGGCAGCAUGUUGCUAUCGUAAUAUCCUAUAUCUGCGAUCUCUAG